GGUAACGGUCGCGGGACUACACCGUCCUACCUAGAUGGCGUUCCACGACCAAAACAACACGUAGCAUAAUCAAAAGAAACGAAAAAGGGAAAAAGGAUUUCUCCCACGAACCUCCAGCUGGAGAAGUGAAAUUCUGCAAGCCCGGAUAGCCGGAAACGGAAAACAAGAGUGGCGACGUGCCCCGGGAGGGACGCAUCUCCCGUAGGAGAAAUCUGUGGCACAUUCCACCGACCCAGCGCACUCCGAGUCGUGUAGUCAUUGAAACAAACCUAGGACAAAGUGGCGAACUUCGGUGGUACGGGAACGACGGGAAAGAUGCGCCGUUCGCAGGGCUACAACUAUCAGCCGCUCCCGCAGCACCAACCGGGACCGAGUGGCCAACAGGCGAGUGGCGAUGCGCUCGAGGAGGAAAACGAGCGGAUGGCCGAGGAGCUGAAGGGUAAAAUCGGUGCCCUGAAGUCGCUGACGAUCGACAUCGGGAACGAGGUGCGGUACCAGGAUCGGUUGCUGCGUGGCAUGGACGAAGAUAUGGACCGAACCGGGGGCUUCAUGUCCAACACCAUCGGACGAGUGGUACGGCUCGGCAAGGGUGGCCACCGGAACUACAUGUGCUACAUGUUUCUGUUCGUGCUGGCCGUCUUCUUCCUGUUGUACAUCGUGCUAAAACUCCGAUAAUGAAGACUACCAGCGUUUGCCUUUUUUUAAUUUAAUUGUUU